UUGAGUGGGCUGGGUUUAGAGCAAUGAUGGCCGCCGCCAGCAGCAGCAGUCUCUACAGCGGCUCCAAAUUACUGCUCGGUUUUACAUGCAAAGGGAAGAAAAUGCCUUUGAAAUUUCGCUGGACUAUCGCUUUUCUGGUUGUUACUCUGAGCCGGUGUUUUGCCGACGAUGACCACGAAAUGGAGGAGUUCCUGAAGCGGGAGCAUUCCCUUUCCAAGCCUUACCAAGGUGUGGGCUCCUCAAGCUCCUCCCACUGGGAGCUGAUGGGCGAUGCCAUGGUAACCACCGACCAGGUGCGGCUGACACCUGACAUGCAGAGCAGACAGGGGGCGAUAUGGAGCCGCAUUCCCUGCCAUCUGACGGACUGGGAGAUGCAGGUGCACUUUAAAAUUCACGGGCAAGGAAAGAAGAACCUGAAUGGUGACGGGCUGGCCAUUUGGUACACGAAGGAACGCAUGCAGAAAGGGCCUGUUUUUGGAAAUAAGGACAACUUCACUGGCUUGGGCGUUUUUGUGGACACAUAUCCCAAUGAGGAGAAACACAUAGAGGCGCAGAAGAAGAGAUACACUCCUCGCACACAGAGGAUCUUCCCCUUCGUCCUGGCAAUGGUGGGGAAUGGCAGCAUCAGCUACGACCACGAGCGGGAUGGCCGGCCCACAGAGCUGGGUGGCUGCAACGCUAUGGUGCGCAACCUCAAGCACGAUAGCUUCCUCUUCAUCCGAUACGUCCGCCGCAGGCUCACGGUGAUGAUAGAUAUCGACGGGCAGCAUGAAUGGAGGGACUGCCUGGACCUACCUGGGGUGCGGUUGCCACAGGGCUAUUAUUUUGGUGCUUCAGCAAUCACUGGAGAUCUCUCAGAUAACCAUGAUAUAAUUUCCAUGAAACUCUACCAACUGACGGUGCUGCGGAGCAAAAAGGAAGAAGAGGAGGAGGAAGAAGACGUGAUAACCAUACCCAGUGUCGACAACAUGGAGCUUAUCAGAUUGGGUCAGAGUGAUGAGGGGAUGAGCGGAAUAGCCAUUUUCUUCACCGUGCUCUUCUCUAUGGUGGGGUGCAUCUUCCUCAUCGUUAUCGGCCUGGUGGUGUACAGCCACUGGAACGAGAACAGACGCAAGCGCUUCUACUGAGGACAACAACAAAGCAGACGGCGAUUGUAAAAGCUAUCGUGGUCCACGGACACAACUGCACUGAAAGUGAGACGCUGCUGUCAGCCGGCACUGGUUUGUUUUUGUUUAAAAUCCCGAGGACAACUCAGUUUGACAGGAAGGGGAGUGGAUGUAUUCCCUGCUACACAAAAAGCCAUACUCCAACUUUGCCAUCAGUAGCCGUGAACCAGGAUCUCAAUUCACACUUUGUCCUCACCCCCCCGCCCCCGGUUGACGUGCACCAACUUGGCCUUACCAUCUCCACCUCUGUACAUGAUACAAAGCAGAUGUGCAGCACCUUCACUGACUUCUCAUGAGCAGCUAUAUUUUGUGUUUUGGUACUGUUUGCUGGAUUUGGAGGAUAUUUUUUUCACUGGUUUUGAGCUUUGAGAAAUCUACUUAAGUAAGCUGAUGUGUUCCUGCUUGCAAGCCCAUUAAUUACCUGCAGUACAAAGCGCUAAUCGAAUAUUAGCAAAAGCCACUGAUCCGCUUCUUUGCAUUAGAAAAGCCUCUCAGUUUAUACUGUGCUGUAUUAUGUGCUCUAUAUUCUUAUUGUUGUUUUAGCAUGCAUGGCGUUUGUGUGGGUUAGUUUUAAUUAACUGUGAUCUGCUUUGUUAACAUCAUGUGUGAGCUUUUAGCCGUUCUAUCUACACAUAGCAUGUGUCAAUGGCAACGAUCAGUGUUUCAGGGAAAUUAUCAAUUUAAGUCAGUUGCUUUGUCAAAAUGUUUAUAUUUCAUACCUUUACCCUAGUCUGUGUGUGCAUUUUUAACAAAUGGUUUUUAUUUUCACUACUGCUGUUUUAUGUUUGUUUUACUUUAUAAGAAGAUGCUUCUUUCGGCCCCAUCUCUGUUUCUAUUUAUCACGUCACACCCUUCCUGACACCACCCUCUCAUUUUCCCAGGCUUAGGACCAGCACUAGGAGUAAACUAGCUUGAGACCAACUUUUUUUUUUUGCAUAUUAUAAACUAAAUUAACGUCUUUUAAUAACGUAACCUCCGUCCCCCCUCCCCAGUGAACACACAUACGUACCGGUUUGGGACAAGACUGCCUCGUACGAGUCUGGGUGCUGACUCGACUCCGUCUUCUGCUGUAUGGUCUGAGAAUGGUCUACACCACACGUCAUCAUAUCUCUUAGGUGGUGCUUUUUAUUUAUUGUGCAGUCUUUGGAAACUUUGUUUGUUUCUGUAACCACUUUAUCCACCGCACUACCUUAUUUAUGUUUUUUAAAUUAUCUUUUAUGAAACUGUGCCUCAUGUAUGCAGUCAGUGACUUAGGAUUUACAAUAAAUUUAGCAGUUUUU